AUAGCAGACGCCAGUAUAUAUUGCCCCUCCGCUGUACACACUCUCUUCCCCUCUCUCUCUCAUCCCUUUCCUCUAACCAUUAGCUUUUCCUCACUUCACCAUUUUCCUCUAACAAGAACUGCUAGUCCUAGCCCAAUUCAGAUCCUUAGUCGCAGCUGGUUUAGUUGGUUCCUCGCCGGCGUCGGUGAAGAAGAUCAAGGAACCUAGCCUCAUGAGUCCGCCGAGUGUGAUGGGGCAGUUCGGAGACACCACCUACACCAAGGUGUUUGUGGGCGGGCUGGCGUGGGAGACCCAGAAGGAGACCAUGAGGAAGUACUUCGAGCAGUUCGGGGAGAUCCUCGAGGCCGUCGUCAUCACCGACAAGAACACCGGAAGAUCCAAGGGCUACGGAUUUGUUACCUUCCGGGAGCCGGAUGCGGCGAUGAGGUCUUGCGUUGAUCCGGCGCCGGUGAUCGACGGGAGGAGGGCCAACUGCAACCUUGCAUCCCUUGGGGUGCAGAGAUCCAGGCCUCCAACCCCUCAGCACGGAGGCGCUAGGAACUUUAGGGUGAUGAAGUCCUUUAGCCAGCAGGCAGGGAUCCAAGGUGCGCUGGGUGCAGCUUUUCCUUCGCAGGCCACCUUCCCUCAUUAUGCCAUCCCACAGGGGCUCCCUUACCAUGUCUAUGGGUAUUCUCCCUAUUCUGCAGACUACAGUUAUCCUGCAAACUACUACAACAUCUACGGAGGAACCCAGUACCCAUUCUAUGGAGGAGCAGGAACUGGCAUGGUGACUGGAACCAGUCCCUUUUAUCCAUAUUUCCAGUUUGGGCAGUCAGGAAACACUACGCCCACCUAUGCAAGUGGACAGGGCUACAACAUGCAAUACCCACAGAUGUUCCCAUUCUCAACUGUGACCUCUACAGCUGCUGCUGUAACCGGCUUUGCACAACAAUAUGGAGGGCCAUUGUCACUUGCAGCGAGUCCUCAAGCCCAAGCAGGCAUGACUAUGGCUCUCGCAACUCCAACCUUGCCAAGUCCAACUCAAGCUGCUCAUCCUUUCCGGCUCGUUCCCUCACACUUUGCUGUGUCUGCUGGUCCAGAGCAAUCCUUGGCCUAACCAUGGUCUCCUAUGUCAUCGUCAUUGUUUCGUUUUUACUUCCUGCGUCGAGUCCAUGCAUCCAUCUCUAACAUCAAAAGGGAACUACCGUUGAUCUGAUCCCAUAUUGAUCGGUCCAAGUGUCCCUCUCUCCACAUCCCACAUGGUUAUGUGGUGAUUGGAAAUGAGCUUCAGCCCCAGGAUGGGCUCAAAGCUUGAUGCCCCAAGGAUGGGGUUGUACUAACAGUCAAGCACAAACCAGGCAUUUUAACCACAGUCCAAGGAAGGACUUCAUCCAAGAGAGUUAAUUUCUGCCCUAGCAUGAGACGGCUGUGGGAAAAAGUAACCCUAACAAUCAGGCAUGAUCCCCGGUGGGAGUUCAUGCUGAGCCAAAUUGGACAAAACUGACAUGUAGACAACCUAUUAAGCUAGCAUGCCACUCCAAAAUUUCAUCAGUGGAAUUCAUACUGUAUUUAGCUUAGGGAAAGUGCUUCUGGCUGAAGCAUUUAGCAGAUCCUACUAUUCUAUUCAUGGGUGUUACCUAGAGCAAAUAAAUUUGACAUCUAGCCAGUCUAUAACUUCAUUUCCCUGCAUAUUCACCCACCCCCGACCACCCCCACCAGCAACUUUACAACAACAGAUCCUGUGAUAACUACCAUUUUAACCAACCACUCACCUUUUCCAUGCACUGAGUAGAUGCACCAACUAACAGUUCCUUUAUCAUUCAGUUUAUAGUUUGCAUCUAGGUGGGUUUUGGCUCUAAGGAGAGCCUGUGCCCCUUAUCAGAGACAGGUUCAGGAGUGUUAAUGUUUGUUUUUGGCACUUAGCACUACCUCCUGCCAUUUCUAACACAGUGAUGGCACCCCAAGAUGGCUUUGGAGGUAUACCAAGCACUGCUGUGUAACUCAAUAAUCCCAAUGGACCCACAGACAUAUUUUUAUCGUCUUGGGUCACCCACUCAUCUAGAUGUUCAUCUUCCCCAGUGUCACUACCCAUGGUUAGGCCCAGGAUCCACUCCCUUCCUCUCUCUAUGCCAGCCUGGAGAGGGGCCUUAAUGCUUUUAAUGUACUGUUAUCAGAUAUGGUGGUUGUAAUAAUAAAGUAGUACUAUGGUACUUCUAGGACAAGAAGUCUAUUACUUUAUCGCACGGAUUUAGCUAAAUACUCUGUUAAUCUAUAGUCAGUACCUUCUCUAUUGACAUUGUAGCUCACCAUGUAAUGCAAUGUAAAAUCCACCCGCUGUGUUG